AAUCAGAGUUUAGGAAGGGUCAUUUGCAGCGGGUCUUUAUCUGCUUAGUCAUGUCUUCAAUUGGUAGUGGGUAUGACUUGACUGCAUCUCAGUUUUCUCGUGGUGGAAAUGUUUUUCAAAUUGAGUACGCUUGUAAGGCAGUGGAGAACAGCGGCACAGCCAUAGCCAUUCGGGGUAAAGACUGUGUAGUUUUCGCGGUUGAAAAUAUUGUUACAUCAAAGCUCUAUGAACCUGGCUGUGUGAAGAGAAUAUACAACAUCGAUGGCCAUAUUGGUAUGGUUGUCAUGGGAUUCCAGACCGAUGCUAAAGCCAUUGUUGAGGCUGCAAGAGAUGAAUGUGCGAAUUACCGUGACAGCUUCGGAAGUCGUAUACCUUUAUAUUCCUUGGCAGAGCGGCUGGCUAUGUAUAUGCAUGCACAUACACUUUACAGUGCUGUAAGACCAUUCGGUGUGUCAGUUCUACUUGGAUCAUACGAAGGUGAUGGCCCUCACCUGUAUGUUAUCGAACCAUCUGGUCUGUCUUUUGCCUAUUUUGGUUGCGCUAUCGGUAAAGCCAAACAAAAUGCAACAACAGAAAUAGAGAAGCUUAAAAUAAACGACUUGUCUCCAGAAGAGCUAAUUAAGGAAGCCGCCAAGAUAAUUUAUACUGUGCAUGAUGAAAUCAAAGAUAAAAAUUUCGAACUGGACCUAAGUUGGGUUGGUGCUAAUACACAUGGUAAGCAUCAAUCUGUUUCUCGCAAACUGUUUGAUGAUGCAGAGACAUUUGCGAAACAAGCUUUGGAAGAAGCUGACGAUUUGGAUGAUGAAGUGGAAUAAAAGCUGUACAUCUAUUUUUUUCUACCCAAAAAAUGUUGUUGAUAUCACUCAUCUUUUGUCUUUAUUUCUGCUUAUGGAACGUGUUUCUGAAAAGCUAAUAUUAAAAGGCGAUACAACUAGUAUGAAGGUGGAUUUCUUAACAAAAACAUCCUCCACACAGUCCCAGUUAUUUAAAGUAAAAGAUUUGCAUGGUUUUUGACGAAGAUGUUCUCACUAAAAUUGGUAUCAGUUGUCUGUUUUCAACAAAUAUUCCGCGUUUGUCAGCCAUCUGUGAAUUGAGAAUCUAAUGACGUAAACAUAUUUAC